AUGUUGGCUUUCCUAAAGAUAUGGAAGCGUGACUGGACGGAACAGGGGCAGUUACUGAAAGUUAGAAUCAAUACAGAGCUGUCGGUUUACCAAGCUGCAGCGGGGUUACAAAUCAAGAGUCUUUCAUCUGUUGAUUUGAAUGGGAAGUCAUCAAAGAGGUUGUUGCAUGGAACUUUGGCAUUGUUGAUAGAAGCUGCUGAAGCAUGUUUAUUCUGUGUCUGGCAAAAGUUGAGAAUUUGUGAUGAGCUCUUCAGCUCAUUGCUUGUUGGGAUUUCCUAA